AGUAGGUUGAUGUGGCUAUACCGUCUAACAGCAAACCGCGUAUCAAGAAGUACCGCGAUCAGAGCCGCCUAGAUCGUACGGCGCUUACCGGCAGUACUGCCAACAGACGCUCAUCUGUUACGCUGCAGAAAAAUACGCGCGGGAAUUUGCUACCAAUUUUUGAAUGGAUAUUAGUGAGUGUUUUGUUAGUUGUGCGUAAUAGUGGAUUAUGUUUGUUUUCUGUCCACUGCGAUAUGAGCUUGGAAGUCCUCUUUGAAAGAUCACAUGUUAUUGAAUAAGAUGAUUACAAUUAGCUUAUAACUAGAACAGAGCUAUUUGUUGUCAGGUCUUUCAGAACUCUUCCAAGCUCUUACGCAUACUUGUACAGCAACCACAGUGAAUAACUUUUGGUGAUAAUUUUCAAGGAAACAAACUAAAACUGAAAGAAAUGGACAAUGGGCGACCUCCUCCUGAAACAGAAACCGCCUCGUCAAUCAGACUGGCAGAACCCUGACUCACCUAACAGAAAGCAUUACCCUCCAGGUUACCAUAAGGCUCCCAAAGGACUCAUUCCCUGCCAUUCCGGUCAUCCGCACCUGAGACCAAAUGAAGUAUUCUACUUUCAACACCCUAGCGAACCUCCCAUCAUAUAUGAGGAUCAUUACGUCAGACAAAAUAACGCCCCGUUCAGACUUUCCGAUGGUCAGUACCGACCUGCGGAGCACCAAUUCAGGCUGAAGGAACUUUCAAGAGGCGACUUUCAAAAAUGGCGAGGAGAAACUGCGUAUUAUCCAACCCCAGUGUUGAACUACCCUCCGAAAGUUACAGGGGAGCAACAGUUCCUAGCGCCCUUCUACAGAAAUGCCAUGCCACCUCCGCCAAACCCGAACAGACUGCUGAUGGUAGAUCCCAGAAGAAGGUCCACUAGCUCUUACGUGGCAAGCAGCAAUGGUUGGAGGACAGCGUCAUGUUCGUGUCGGUCCAAAUCCAUGGAGGAUGUUCGAACUGAGAUAGUUGAAGUGACCGAAACGAAAGAAACCAAGUGGCAGAAGAGCUGUAAUGGUAGACAAUCGGCGUCGCCGCCAUGUAGGAAGGAUCAUAAAUUGUCCAGGUUUAAUAAUAGGAGGUCCAUGGAUAACCUGUUGGUGGAGGUCAAUCAUCAUGCAGUGUCCAGCAGGAGUAGGAUAAUGAAGCCUGGUUCAAAACACCUGGACGGCGAUAAUGGGAACGGCGAAGGUACGGGAGGUGCCGGGCGACCUAAAUUCGUGGCUGUCACAAGCCUCGAAGACGUCCAAGCUGUACGAUGUGCAGAGUUCCAUCCCAAUGGCAAACUUUACGCGGUCGGCUCCAACUCGAAGACUCUCAGGAUAUGUGCUUAUCCGAAGAUGACAGAUUUGAGGGACGAUCAUCAGACCUACCAACCUACAGUUCUGUUUAAGCGAACCAAGCACCACAAAGGGUCCAUCUACUGCCUGGCAUGGUCUCCCGCGGGUGAUCUAAUGGCCACAGGUUCCAACGAUAAGACAGUCAAGUUGAUGCGGUUUGAUGGAGAUGGAAAUGUUGACGCUACUGGAACGGUGGAGGCCCACGAUGAAGCCGAGUUAACCAUGCAUGAUGGAACAGUGAGGGACGUCUGUUUCCUGGAAGACACGUCAAAUAGGAGUAGUUUGUUGAUCAGUGCUGGUGCUGGUGAUUGUAAGAUAUACGUGACGGACUGUGCUACUGGUACUCCUUUCCAGGCUCUUUCAGGACACACUGGCCACAUAUUGGCACUGUACACAUGGGGUGGUGCAAUGUUUGCCAGUGGCUCUCAUGAUAAAUCAGUUCGAUUUUGGGACCUGCGCACACGUGGAUGUGUGAACGUAGUGACACCUACUACUGUACCGGGAGGCGGAGCGGGAGGUGCACGACAAGGGUCUCCAGUAGCCAGUAUCUGCGUAGAUCCAUCCGGCCGUCUUCUGGUAUCCGGUCACGAAGAUGGCGCAUGUGUGUUGUAUGACAUCCGCGGAAACCGCAACGUGCAAUGCUUCAGGCCACACGCGUCUGACGUACGGUCUGUCAGGUUCUCGCCAUCGGCUUACUACCUCCUAUCUGCAGGCUACGACAACAAAUUGGUGCUUACAGAUCUACAAGGUGACCUAACUCUGCCUCUUCCAAGCGUCGUGGUGGCGCAGCACCAGGACAAAGUGAUCAGCGGCCGUUGGCACCCGUCGGAAUUUUCCUUCCUGUCAACGUCAGCUGACAAGACAGCCACACUGUGGGCGUUACCGCCCAUAUGAAACGCCUCGCCGCGAUCGAUAACCAAUCAGAUUAAUCAAUAAGUCUGACUAACCAAUACUCAUCAUGAACACGCGUUGCGUGUGCUUACAUAGUUGAUAAAUGCCCUUCCAGGUGAACGUCGAGGUAUUUGUCGAUAUUUUUAAUACUGAAGAGCUUUUAAAAUGUUUAUUUACGGAUUUUAAUAUCGUGCUGCAAAUUUAUAAAAUAACUAUGAGAAAUUUGGAACAUACUUAUUUCAUUUUGAAUAUGUCAUUCUUGAUUUCGGGAAUAUCCAGAAAAUAAGAAUUAAACGUUGGUACAUUUUUGUUGAUAUUAAGAAUUUACAUUUUUUUAACGUUGAGGCAUUUUUAUUUCUAAAUCAACGCUCUAGAGUAGUUCUACAUUUUGGCCAAGAAACUGUGCUGACUAGGAUAUACUGUCAAGCAGUUCGAAAAGAUGUGUUUUCCUCAAAUUUAGCAUAAGCGGUAUUUAUAUAUUUUCAAAAGUGAAAAAUACGCGAAAUAUUUUAUACCUUCAUUGUUUAUUUAUGAAAGCAAAAUUAAUCUUUUUUCUAAAUCUAUGGUUACAGUGCUAAAUUAAAACUAAUAACCCAAAUAGUUUUCACCACUUUUGUGGUAAAGAAUGUCGGCUGAUAAAUGUAUUUAUUUAGUUUAAAUUGUGAUGCUGAAAUGGAGCAUAUUAAGAACAGAAAUAUAGCUAUGCUAAACAAAUUACGUAUAAUCAGUUCAAUCUUUCGGUUUAUUUUUACUUUUACAUUAUUUUUCCGCAACUCUCAAAUAUGUUUGCUUAAUUUUUAUAAGAAAUAUUUGUCUUUGUCUGUGAGUGGUGCUUAUAAGCUUUAUUUAUAAUUUUCAAUUCACAACUUUGUUUCAUGUGCUUCAUUUUAUGGACUAAGAUAUUUAAAUCAAAAUUACUGUGAAACCUUUUUUCCAUAUGCAUAUUAUGUAUUUUCUAACAUGGAUAAAUUAUAUUUAUAUUUCAUAGUAGUGAUAUAUUUGAAUGACGUUGCACAAGUGAAUGUUGAAAAAAUAUUUUGGUUAAAAAAACAAGAAACGUUUUGUUUAUAAAAAAUCUUGUCGCAUAAAACUAAUACGAAUCAGAAGUAUAUAUUGGGAUUUUUAUACAAGAAUUACGUGGAACAAAGGUCAAAGGCAUACAUCCUAGGAGUGUUAGUUUCAUGAAACAGUAUUUUUACUAUUCGAAAUCUUUGCACAAAACAGAUCUUUAGUAACGUUUUAGAACUUUUUUAUUCAGCUAUACGUGUAGUACAUCAUUAUACUUUCUUUAUUGUAUAACUGUAUAUACGCAACUUUAUUGAGCUGCUUUUGUAUAGGUAAACAAUCCAUCAUAGUGUGUAUACUGCCUUAUUUAAAUGAAUGUUAUGGAAUACAUGAAUACUGUUCUAUUUUAACUCACUAGAUAUGUUAAUUUCCAGUUAUUUUCGAAUAAAAUAUAACUUAUAGUUAAAACAA